UUUAAUGUUUCGUAUGACUUUAUAUUCAUGUUCUGUUCUGUUCAAGUCAGGGUCAGGCACUGGCACGCGCAUGUGUUACUAUAGUAACCGUAAACUUUUCCUCAGGCUGUCAGUACGAGAUUUAACGUUGCUGAGGAAAACAUUCAGAAAAAUGUCAGAAAAUGUUAUGUUAAGUGAAAAUGAAGACUCUUCCCCCACGAAUGGUAACAACACGAAGGAUGGGGCAGUUCAUUUUGGAUCAGCAGAACCUGACCUGUCCCUGGAACAGAACCAGAACUCUGGAUCUGUGGAAGGAACCAGUGUGCCCGAGAAAGAGAAUGAAGAUAACGCUAACCCAGCCUCAACCUCAGGUCUUGACCUGGAAGUUAAACCACCAUUAAUCAACACACAAUUAGGUGUCAGUGGACACAGGAGAAGAAUAGACAAAACAGACACCAAUCAGAUAACAUUGUCACCUGCCACCUCCCCUACAGUCAACAUUGCUGUAGCAAGGAAGUAUUCUGUGGCAUUAAAUGAAGCCCUAAAGGAGAAGGUUAAAAUGAUCAAAGCUCUUAAGGAUGAGCGCAGAGCAGCUCUUGAUAGCCGACACAAGUACAUCAUUUCCAUAAUUGCUCAUGUGAUUGGCUUGGAGGAGCCAGAAGUCGAGGAUGCCAUCAUCUCUGAUGACAAGUUCUUCAUGAUUGAAGACUUUUUCUCAGCCAGUGGUUCAAAAAGCCUUGUGUUCUUCUACCAAGCUGUAGAAUCGGCAAAAUCUUGGAAUGACACCAGAAAUGUAGUCACCGGACAGAAGAAACCAUUCAUCACAACUUGCUCUGCAGAGGCUCUAACCGGGCAGUGUUUGUUUUUCGUGAGAGGCACGAAUAACAAGGCCAUAACAACUACAAACAUAUCCCAGGAGGUGAAUUUUAGCAUGCUGGACUGCUCAGAGGGAAACAUCCUGCAAGCUCUGGAUUUGCUUUUUUCCCAAGUCAUGAACCCAGCCAUUCAGGCACAAGAGGACUGGGGGGCUUUAAAAGAGGGCAAGAGAGACCCACAUAUACAAGACUUCAUGAGUUCAGUGGACAAGUCAACGCGUGACAUUUCUUCGUUGAUGAGAAUGACCAUAGAAGAAAAAUUUCAACUACAUAACCUUUCGUCAACUUCAGAUCUGAGCCACAUUAAGAUGCCCGCAGACUAUAUUAGUGCAGUGAAUAACUCUGAGCUGGUGGAGGGUCUUGAAGCACAGCUUUUAAACUGGGCCAAGCAGAUAGAAGAUGUUCUGACCGAGGGCGAGCGGAUCAGGAAAGAGUCAGAUAACAUCGGCCCCUCAGCAGAACUUGAACACUGGAAGCGCACAACAAUCACCUUCGACAGCCUUUUGGAAGAAAUCAAACAACCCUAUGUGCAUAAGGUUAUUGCUAUACUGAAUACAGCCAAAUCAAAGACAAUAAGGAAAUGGAUAGAAUUGGAUAAACGUAUCACAGAUGUGACAAAUGAGGCUAAAAGUAAUGUGAAAUAUCUCUACACUCUGGAGGAGUUUUUUGAACGUUUGAACAAGUCCAGUCCAACCACCAUGUUGGAACACAUUCCCAAACUGAUGAACAGCAUACGUAUGGUCUACACUGUAUCUCCAUACUAUAACACUUCUGAACACAUGACAUCACUCUUUGUGAAGAUCACCAAUCAGAUGGUCAGCACAACUAAGGUUUAUCUCUGCCAAGGGGUAACGAAAGUCUGGGACUUGGACAGAAAGGACCUUCUCAAGAGGAUCAAGGAAUGUGUUCAGUUGAACCAGAAGUAUCAGGAAUGCUUUUAUAGGAUGAAGGAGAAAUUACAGCAGGACUCCAUUAAACGGCAGUUUGAAGUUAGUGAAAAUUACAUCUUUGGUAAGUUUGACACAUUUUGCAAACGUCUGGAGAAGAUAGCAGACAUGGCCACGACUCUUGAAGAGCUCUCAGACCUGCAGUACAUGAAAGUUGAGGGUAUUGAAAAAAUGUACAUGCGCUACCAAACAAUUGUGACCAGCAUCAAAGCCAAGACCUACAAUGUGCUUGACCACCGAAACUUAGAGUUUGAACGUGACUACACAGAGUUCAAAGGUCAAAUUCAGGACCUCUAUCAGUCUCUAGAGACACUGAUUGACACCUGUCUUCAGCAUCAACACACUACUGAGCAAGGCCUCGAACUGUUGUCCAAGUUUGACAAUGGCGUAGGCAGACAAAUGGACCUCAGCCAAAAGUAUAUGGCUGUUCUGCGGCGUUACGCAGAUUACCUCGAAUUAGUGCGCAAACUGUUCCAAAGUCAAAAGGAUGACCCCCCUAUUCCAGGAAACAUGCCCCCUGUUUCCGGAAAAAUUGCAUGGUCACAUAACCUGUUCCAGAAAAUCGAAUUGCCAAUGUUAAUUUUAAAAGACAAACUGGACACUCUGCAGAAGCUGGAUAUAAAGAAGAUUAUUCGAGCAUACAACAAACUGGCUGCUGUUCUGUUGGAGUAUGAAGUUUUGCUUCACAUAGGCUGGGUCGAGGCUGUGAACCUAGGACAGAUGUUCGGUCUUAAAGCAUCACUGCUGACCAGACACCCAACAACCAAGGUUGUCUAUGUAAAUUUUGAUCCCAUGGUGAUGGAGGCAUUGUGUGAGGCAAAGCACUUGCAGAAAAUGAAUUAUCAUGUACCAGACGUGGUCCUCAAAGUGUGUGCCAAUAAACGUCAGCUAAAGAAACACCGUGACAGACUGCAGACGAUAUUGGAAGACUUUGAUGUAGCCGUCAAGAGGAUUCCCAGUAUGUUACAGCCCCCGAUGAAGCCCUUCAUCCACCAUGUGGAAGCUGCCCUCUCACCUGGACUGACCGUACUCUCGUGGACUUCACUUAAUAUCGACAACUUCAUUGAGUCUGUGUAUGAGGCCCUGAGAAAGCUGCAGCGAGUGGCAAAGGUUUCCAUGGAUAUUCUUGAAUGCCGAAUUGAGCGCGUCCUGAACAGCAUGUCCUCCACCCUUUUACUGGCACUGCCUGAGGACGAGCCAAUUCUGCCCCAGGACUUCCUGACCAAUAUAGAAGUCACUGUCAAUACUGCAAAAAAGACCCUGAAGAUUGCAAGUCAGCAAGUGGAAUCAUCCAUGUUGGAGAUGAUCGAGGAACUGAAGAAGAAUAUGAAACCUGCGGAAAGGGUUAAUUUGAAGGACUCCUACCAAUGUCUGCAUCCCGAUGCAAAGCAGAAGACGCGCUGCCUUCAAUGUCUGCCAUGUGCCUUUUACACCAUAAUGGGAGAGUUGUGUCAGAGGAACACAGAGGCCCUGGUCAGAGCUACCAAAGUCUCUCUGGAUUCUUUGUGCCGCCGGCUGCAUUUUGCAAGCUCAAACUAUCGAUCUUCAUCUCAAAGUAAAGCUGUUGUGCAGACUCCUCUUUUCAAAGCUUCGAUUGAACUGGCCAUUCCCAACCUCGUCCUCAGACCAAGUGUAGAGGAUAUACAGGGCAUUAUCGGUAAAGUUAUUACCAUAGUGCUUUCAACAGCAGAGGAUAUUCCACUCUGGAAAUACUACCAUCUUCAUCAUAAACAGUUGCAGAUAGAGCAGUUAGCAGCUCGAGAGCUUGGAGAUGACAGUUUGGCGACUAAACAGAUAAGGCCACUGAGGCCUCUGGUUAACCUGGUGUCAAAUCAUAAAGACAUAAUAAAGGCUUCGGGACAGCUGGCCGCUUUGGCGUCCUCUUUCAAAGUGGACGUUGGAGACAUUGUGGAAGGGUUGUCUCAAUUUUCUGCUCUUUGGAACCAGGAUCCAACAGAUCAGGUGAAAGCAUUUUUGGAGACCCGCCCAUCCUUGCCAGAAUUUAGCCAGAUGCUUUCUUUGUAUUCUAAACUGGAGAGCCGAAUUGAAGAGCUCCCAAAAACCUGCACCAUGGCCCCUAUCCUCUACGUUACCGAUUCGCUGAAACUGUCACUCACUCAAGAGUGUCGGACCUGGAAACGAGCUUUCGGGGCAGCUUUAAACCAGCAGGCAUCUGCAGACAUGGCUGAGAUGAGCUCUUUUGUGGAGAGGGUUAACAGGCAGCUCCAAAAGCCCAUAUCUGACCUAGACGGCGUAAGGGGAGCCAUGGCCGCCCUGCAGGAGGUACGAGAGCAGGAGAUACGCAUCGAUGCCAUCAUCAGACCGAUGGAGGAGUCGUUCGCACUGCUUAAUCGUCACGAGUUGUACUUCAAUGAUGGAAAUGCAGAAAGAAUUGAUGGGCUGGUUUACACAUGGAAAGAACUUAAUGUGGUGGUGAAUCAAACCCAGGAUAAGCUUGUGGAAAUUCAACCUCACAUGAAGGCUGAGCUUCUUUCUGAAGUUAAGGCCUUCCAGAAAGCUGUGCACAAUUUCUAUGAUGACUAUGACAAAAGUGGUCCUGGAGUACCAGGUUUGCCCCCUCGUGAAGCCAGUGACAGGUUACAAGUUUAUCAGGCCAAGUUUGAAGAACUGUGGAGGAAAUAUGUUAACUUGUCUUGUGGAGAAGAACUCUUUGGUCUCCUUGUUAAUGAUUACCCCGAUCUUCAUCGAAUCAAAAGAGAGCUCAUGCUUCUCUCCAAGCUUUACAGCCUGUACAAUUCUGUCAUUGACAGCGUUUCUGGAUACUAUGACAUUUUAUGGGCCGACCUCAACAUAGAGAAGAUAAACAAUGAACUGCUAGAUUUUCAGAACAAGAUCCGUAAACUACCUUUAGCCCUGAAGGAAUGGCAAGCUUUCAAUGACCUGAAGAAGACUAUAGAUGACUUUAAUGAGACCUGUCCUCUACUGCAGAUGAUGGCCAGUAAGGCAAUGAUGUCCCGACAUUGGCAGCGAUUGUCUGAUAUUACCCACCACACCUUUGAGGUGGAAUCUGGGAAUUUUACCCUGCGGAAUGUCAUGGAAGCACCUGUGCUGAAACAUAAAGAAGAUAUUGAGGAUGUGUGUAUCAGCGCGGUGAAGGAACGAGACAUUGAUGCCAAACUCAAAGAUGUGGUGACAGAAUGGAGCAGCCAUCAAUUCACUUUUGCCCCAUUCAGGAAUCGUGGAGAGCUGCUGCUCAAAGGGGCAGACACCACUGAGAAGGUGGCAUUAAUAGAGGACAGUCUUAUGGUCCUUGGGUCCUUAAUGAGUAACAGAUAUAAUGCCCCAUUUAAGUCCACCAUACAGCAGUGGGUCCAGAAGCUGUCCAACAGCUCAGAGGUGAUCGAGAAGUGGCUGACGGUGCAGAACCUGUGGCUCUACCUGGAGGCUGUGUUUGUGGGUGGAGACAUUGCCAAACAACUGCCGCAGGAGGCAAUACGUUUCCAGAACAUUGAUAAGUCCUGGCAGAGGAUAAUGGAGCGAGCACACAAGAUUCCCGGUGUUGUUCAGUGCUGCGUCGGAGACGAGACACUUAUACAGCUGCUCCCACACAUGCUGGAACAGCUGGAGGUGUGUCAGAAAUCACUGAGCGGAUACCUGGAGAAAAAACGUCUUGUGUUCCCGCGCUUCUUCUUCGUCUCUGACCCAGUGCUGCUGGAGAUACUGGGUCAGGCCUCUGACUCCCACACCAUUCAGGGUCACCUGUUGAGCCUUUUCGAUAACGUUAACAGAGUUGUGUUUCACGAGAAAAACUAUGACCAGAUUCUUAGGUUUCAAUCACAGGAAGGGGAAACUGUUGAUUUGAGUGAACCAAUCGUUGCCCAGGGUAAUGUAGAAGCCUGGCUAGGUCUGUUGUUGGAUGGAGUGAAGAAGACCAUUCACAACAUUAUCCGACAGGCCCAUAUGUCAAUCAGUGACCCGGACUUUAAACUAGUGGAGUUCCAGUCCAUGUUCCCCGCUCAGGUGGGACUGCUGGGCAUACAGCUCAUCUGGACCAGAGAUGCUGAGGAGGCACUCAGCCAUAGCAAGACCAACAAGAAGAUAAUGCAGACUACUAAUCAGAGGUUCCUGGAUCUAUUGAAUGAACUGAUUGAUAUGACUACUCACGAUCUGACUAAGAUGGACCGAACCAAAUAUGAGACGCUCAUCACCAUACAUGUCCACCAGAAGGACAUUUUUGAUGACCUGGUACACAUGAACAUCCGGUCAACCCUAGACUUCGAAUGGCAGAAACAGUCCCGCUUCUACUUCGUAGAAGACACGGACAGAUGUCUGAUCCAGAUCACUGAUGUGGAGUUUGAUUACUGUAACGAGUAUCUAGGCUGCACUGAUCGUCUGGUUAUCACACCUCUUACUGAUAGAUGUUAUAUCACAUUGGCCCAGGCUUUGGGAAUGAGUAUGGGAGGGGCUCCCGCUGGCCCUGCUGGCACAGGAAAAACCGAAACCACCAAAGACAUGGGCCGCUGUCUGGGAAAAUACGUUGUUGUUUUCAAUUGCUCAGACCAAAUGGACUUUAGAGGACUUGGCCGCAUCUAUAAAGGAUUAGCACAGUCUGGUGCAUGGGGUUGUUUUGAUGAGUUCAACCGCAUCGAGCUACCCGUGCUCUCUGUGGCCGCUCAACAAAUCUAUAUUGUCCUCCAGUGCAAGAAAAGCAAGAAACCUCAGUUUAUCUUCACAGAUGGAGAUGUGGUAAACAUGGACAAAGAGUUUGGCAUCUUCCUUACUAUGAACCCAGGAUAUGCCGGGCGUCAGGAACUCCCCGAGAACUUGAAAAUUCAGUUCCGCACGGUGGCCAUGAUGGUGCCCGACCGAGCCAUUAUCAUGAGAGUGAAACUGGCCAGCGCAGGCUUUCGUGAUAAUCAGGUCCUCAGCCGCAAGUUUUACACCCUCUACAAACUAUGUGAGGAGCAGCUUUCUAAGCAGGUCCACUAUGACUUUGGUCUGAGGAACAUCUUGUCUGUUUUGAGGACUCUGGGAGCGGUUAAAAGAUCCAACCCAACCGAGCCAGAGAAGACUGUGGUCAUGAGAGUUCUCCGUGACAUGAACCUCUCCAAACUGGUGGAUGAGGACGAGCCGCUAUUCCAAAGUCUCAUCAAUGAUCUGUUUCCGGGAAUUAGUCUGGAUGAGGCUGGUUAUCCCGAGCUAGAAGCUGCUAUCACAAAACAAGCUGAAGAGGCUGGGCUGAUCGCUCAUCCUCCUUGGAUUCUCAAACUUGUGCAACUGUAUGAGACUCAACGAGUGAGACACGGUAUGAUGACUCUGGGCCCCAGUGGGACAGGAAAGACCACGUGUAUUCACACUUUAAUGAAGGCCAUGACUGACUGUGGAAAUCCUCACAAAGAGAUGCGGAUGAACCCAAAGGCCAUCACUGCCUCCCAGAUGUUCGGCACGUUGGAUGUGGCCACAAACGACUGGACAGAUGGAAUUUUCUCAACGCUUUGGAGGAAAACACUGAAGGCCAAAAAGGGAGAACACAUAUGGAUCGUUCUUGAUGGUCCAGUUGACGCCAUCUGGAUUGAAAACCUCAACUCAGUCCUAGAUGACAACAAGACUCUUACCCUGGCCAAUGGAGACCGCAUCCCAAUGGCCCCCAACUGCAAGGUGGUAUUUGAGCCACACAACAUAGACAACGCAUCUCCUGCUACCGUAUCCCGCAAUGGGAUGGUCUUCAUGAGCUCAUCUGUACUGAACUGGCAGCCCAUACUGCAGGCCUGGCUAAAGAAGAUUCCCACAACACAAGCUGACGUGCUUCUGGCCUCCUUCAACUCCGUCUAUCAGGAUUUGAUGAAUUUCAUCACCACUGCAGUUUCUCCUAAAAUGCUACUGUUGGAGUGCAUGUACAUCAAGCAGACCAUUGAUCUUUUACAGGGGCUGUUGCCAGCCGUGGAGGAGAAGCUUUUAACAGCGCCGCACAUUAAUCGGCUCUUCAUGUUUGCUGUCAUGUGGUCUGUUGGUGCUUUACUGGAGCUGGAUGAUCGAGCCAAGAUGGAGAUGUUCCUCAAAAAACAUCCUGCCAGCCUGGACCUGCCCAAAACUCAAGGAGAGCAGACCAUCUUUGAGUUUAUGGUCAAUGAGACUGGAGAAUGGGACCUCUGGUCCAAAAGGGUGCCAGAGUAUCACUACCCCAAAGACAUGGUUCCUGACUACGCCUCCAUUCUUGUACCGAAUGUCGACAACAUACGGACUGACUUCCUGAUGCAAACGAUAGUGAAACAAGGCAAAGCUGUCCUGCUCAUUGGUGAACAGGGAACAGCCAAGACUGUCAUGAUCAAGGGCUACACAAACAAAUAUGAUCCGGAAACUCAUUUAAGCAAAACGCUGAACUUCUCUUCCGCCACCCAGCCUGGCAUGUUCCAGCAGACAAUUGAGAGUUAUAUAGACAAAAGGAUGGGCACCACUUAUGGACCUCCUGCAGGAAAGAAGAUGACUGUGUUCAUUGAUGACAUCAACAUGCCAGUUAUCAAUGAGUGGGGCGAUCAGAUAACUAAUGAGAUUGUGCGUCAGCUGAUGGAGCAGGGAGGUUUCUACAGCCUGGAGCGACCUGGGGAAUUCACAGGUGUUGUCGACUUACAGCUGAUGGCUGCCAUGAUCCAUCCCGGCGGCGGGCGCAAUGACAUCCCCCAGCGACUCAAACGCAAGUUCUGUGUGUUUAACUGCACUUUGCCUUCAAAUUCAUCCAUAGAUAAGAUCUUUCACACGCUGGCCAGUGGUUAUUUCUGUCCGGAAAGAGGAUUCUCUGAGGAAGUGUGCUCACUGGCAGCCGCUAUGGUCCCCACCACCAGAAAAGUGUGGCAGGCUGUCAAAGCUAAGAUGCUACCAUCUCCUGCAAAGUUCCACUACAUAUUUAACCUGCGUGACUUGAGCAGGAUCUGGCAGGGCGUUCUCACUGUGGGAUCAGAAGUGUGUCAGACACCUCAGCUCCUGGCCUCUCUCCUCCGUCACGAGUGCUCGCGGGUCAUCGCAGACCGCUUCAUUGAUAACAAGGACAGAGAGACCUUCAAUGCCAUUUUACAGAGGGUCACAGAAGAGGAUCAUGGUUCUGGUCUUUUAGAGCCUGGGCCAUGGGAAGAGUAUUUUGUGGACUUCCUGAGGGAUGCUCCUGAAAUGACCGGGGAUGAACCUGAAGAUACAGAAGCAGAGACGCCGAAGAUCUACGAGCCCAUUCCUUCCUUCACAACCUUAUCAGAGCGCCUGUCUGUGUUUCAACAGCAGUAUAACGAUACCAUCAGAGGAGCAGCCAUGGACCUGGUCUUCUUUGAGGAUGCUAUGGUCCACCUAGUGAAGAUAUCUCGCAUAAUCCGGACAGCUCGGGGUAAUGCGCUACUAGUUGGAGUGGGGGGUUCUGGGAAACAGAGUCUUACUCGACUUGCAUCCUUCAUAGCUGGAUACCAGAGCUUCCAAAUAACACUGACACGAACAUACAAUGUGACUAAUCUAAUCGAGGACCUUAAAGCCUUGUACAGAAUUGCGGGUUUGGAAGGAAAGGGCGUGACCUUUAUCUUCACUGACAACGAUAUCAAGGACGAAGCAUUUCUCGAGUACAUGAACAACGUGCUGGCAUCCGGAGAAGUGUCAAACCUGUUUCCUCGAGAUGAGGUGGACGAGAUCACCCAAAGUCUCAUUCCGGCCAUGAAGAGAGACCUUCCGCGCUGCCCACCCACCAUCGACAACCUAUACAACUACUUUCUUUCCAGGGUGCGCAGCAACCUCCACGUGGCUCUUUGCUUCUCUCCGGUUGGCGAGAAAUUGCGUUCCAGAGCCAUGAAGUUUCCUGGGCUUAUCUCCGGCUGCACCGUGGUCUGGUUCCAGCGUUGGCCCCGAGACGCUUUGGUGGCCGUCGCUCAGCAUUUCCUUUCCAACUACUCGCUUCGAUGUUCGGACGAGGUGAAGAGGAGCGUGGUGGAGACUAUGGGAACGUUCCAGGAUAUGGUGGCUGAAAUCUGUACCGAGUACUUCCAGCGCUUUAGACGUCAGACCUAUGUGACACCUAAAUCCUACUUGACGUUUAUUAAGGGAUACCAGACGAUUUACUCUGACAAAAUCGAGCAUGUGGGGAUGUUGGCAGAACGAAUGAACACAGGUCUGGAUCGACUCAUGGAGGCCGAGCAGUCGGUGAACCAGCUGCGUGUGGAGCUGAGAGAGAAGGAGAAGGUGUUGGCUGUGGCCUCAGUCAAAGCAGAUGAAGUCCUCCGGGAGGUCAUGAGCAAAGCUACGGCCGCCGAACAAGUGAAAGCCCAGGUGCAAAAGGUGAAAGACAAGGCCCAGGCCAUCGUGGACGAAAUUGAGCAAGAAAAGAAGGUGGCAGAGUCCAAACUAGAAGCGGCUGAACCAGCGUUAGCAGCGGCUGAGGCCGCACUGCAGACCAUAAAGCCGGCCGACAUCGCAACGGUGCGAAAGCUGGGAAAGCCUCCUCAUCUGAUCAUGCGGAUCAUGGACUCUGUGCUGAUACUGUUUCAGCGACGAGUGGAUUCUGUAACCAUGGACCCCGAGAGACCCUGCGUGAAACCUUCAUGGAGUGAAGCUCUUAAAUUAAUGAACAAUACAGGGUUCCUUGGCCAGCUGCUGUCCUUCAACAAGGACACCAUCACUGAGGAGACGGUUGAGCUUCUUGCUCCAUAUCUGGAUAUGGAAGAUUAUAACCUAGAAUCAGCCAAGAGGAUCUGUGGGAACGUCGCAGGGCUCUGUUCCUGGACCGAGGCUAUGGUGGAGUUCUUUGGCAUUAAUAAAGAAGUUCUGCCCCUAAAGGCUAACCUAGCGCUCCAGGAGGGUCGUCUGGCCGUAGCACAGGAGGAACUGGCGAAGGCUCAGGAACAGCUGGACAUGAAACAGAAGGAGCUGGACGAGGCUCAGGCCAUGUACGAUGCGGCCAUGAAGGAGAAAAUGGACCUGGAGAACGAUGCUGGAGCAUGCAGAAAAAAGAUGGGCAAUGCUGUGGCACUUAUUGAUGGACUCGGUGGAGAGAAGGUCCGCUGGACAGAGAGCAGAGCUCAGUUCCAGAUGCAAAUUAAACAUCUGGUGGGUGAUGUGUUACUGGCCACUGGAUUUCUAUCAUACGCUGGACCUUUCAACCAGGAAUAUCGCAACCUUCUCCUUCAGCAGUGGAAGAAAGAGAUGAAUAUAAGCCACAUCCCCUACAGUGAGAACCUGAAUUUGAUCAGUAUGCUGGUGGAUAAUGCCACUAUAGGAGAGUGGAACCUACAGGGUCUUCCCAACGAUGACCUGUCCAUCCAGAACGGCAUCAUCGUGACAAAAGCAUCUCGCUAUCCACUGCUUAUUGAUCCACAGGGACAGGGAAAGAUCUGGAUCAAGAACCGCGAAAUCAAAAAUGAUUUACAGGUGACAUCUCUAAACCACAAAUAUUUCCGAACUCACCUAGAGGACUGCCUUUCUCUCGGCAGACCCCUUCUUAUCGAGGAUGUUGGCGAAGAGCUUGAUCCAGUGCUGGAUAACAUUCUGGAGAAGAAUUUCAUAAAGACCGGAAAAACGUUCAAAGUAAAAGUAGGAGAUAAAGAGGUGGAUGUCAUGAAAGGCUUUACUCUCUACAUCACCACUAAACUGGCCAACCCCGCAUACAGUCCUGAGAUCAGCGCUAAAGCAGGCGUGGUAGAUUUUACCGUCACAAUGAAGGGCUUGGAGGACCAGUUGCUCGGACGGGUCAUUCUUAUAGAGAAAAAGGAAAUGGAGGCAGAGCGUGUGAAGCUUUUGGAGGAAGUGACAUCAAACAAGAGGAAGAUGCAGGAGCUGGAGAACAAUCUUCUGUGCAGAUUAACAACCACUCAGGGCUCGCUGGUGGAGGAUGAGUCUCUAAUCGAGGUGCUCAGGGUCACCAAGACCACAGCAGAGGAGGUCAGGGAAAAGCUGGCAGUCGCUGCAGACACAGAAAUAAGGAUCAACCUUGCACGAGAGGAGUACCGCCCAGUGGCCACCAGGGGGAGCAUCCUGUAUUUCCUGAUUGUGGAGAUGAGUUUGGUCGAUAUCAUGUACCAGACCUCACUCCGCCAGUUCUUGGGAAUCUUUGAUAUGUCUAUGGAAAAGUCUCCAAAAUCCCAGAUUACAGCUAAUAGACUAACCAACAUCAUGGAGUACCUCACCUACGAAGUGUUUCGAUACACAGCUCGGGGACUCUACGAAAACCACAAGUUUCUUUUUACUCUGCUUCUGACUUUAAAGAUAGACCUACAGGCCAAAAACAUUUCCCACACUGAGUUCCAGACCUUCAUUAAAGGUGGAGCAUCUCUAGAUCUAAACUCAGUCGAACCCAAGCCCAAGCGUUGGAUCCUGGACAUGACGUGGCUAAACCUGGUGCAGCUCUCCAGCCUGCCCCCCUUCACCACUCUCCUAAUGCAGGUGACCCGUAAUGAGCGGGCAUGGAAGAGCUGGUUCGAUGAAGCCACCCCAGAGGAGGCCCCGUUGCCUGAUGGUUACGAGGGCAAGCUGGAUGCGUUUCGCAAACUGCUGCUCAUUCGAAGCUGGUGUCCUGACCGCACCAUUGCACAGGCACGGAAAUACAUCGCAGAAUCAAUGGGAAUUAAGUAUGCAGAGGGAGUGAUCCUGGACAUGGAGGUCAUGUAUACUGAGAGUGAGAACAGAACGCCUCUGGUCUGCCUCUUGUCUAUGGGAUCUGAUCCCACUGAAAACAUAGAGAGACUGUCCAAGUCAAAGGGUGUUCCCUGCAGACCCAUCUCCAUGGGGCAGGGACAGGAAGUGCACGCACGGCGGCUUCUGGCUCAGAGCAUGUCUGAUGGAGGCUGGUUACUUCUGCAAAACUGCCAUUUAGGAUUGGACUUCCUGGAUGAACUUCUCGAUACGGUCACCACAGCAGAGAGCGUUCACGCCGGCUUCAGGUUAUGGGUGACCACAGAAGUCCACCCCUCGUUCCCCAUUAACUUCCUUCAAUCUUCUAUUAAAUUCACCAAUGAGCCUCCACAAGGAGUGAAGGCCGGACUCAAGCGGACGUACAACAGCGUGACUCAGGAACAGCUGGAGAUCACCAACAUGCCUCAGUGGAGACCACUUCUCUAUGCCGUGGCCUUCCUCCACACCACAGUCCAGGAGAGACGAAAAUUUGGUCCACUUGGCUGGAACAUUCCUUACGAGUUCAACCAGGCUGAUUUCACCUCCAGCGUUCAGUUUGUGCAGAAUCACCUUGAUGAUGUGGACAUCAAAAGAGGAGUAAACUGGAACUGCCUGCGGUACAUGCUAGGAGAGGUGCAGUACGGCGGACGGGUCACAGAUGACAUGGACAAGCGUUUGCUCAAUACAUUUGCUCGCAUCUGGUUCAGCGAGACCAUGUUUGGAGAGACGUUCUGCUUCUAUAAGGGAUAUACUAUACCAAAGGCCAAGAUGCUGCAGGAUUACCACACACACAUUGAUGCUCUUCCAUUGGUUGAUACUCCUGAGGUUUUUGGCCUCCAUCCCAAUGCUGACAUCACUUACCAGACAAACAUGGCUAAUGAAACCCUGAGCACCAUCGUCAACAUCCAGCCCAAAGACAGCGGCGGUGGUGGGGGCGAAACCAGAGAGGCGUCCGUCCAGCGAAUGGCCAAUGAGAUGCUGGAGAAACUACCAGCUGACUAUGUGCCACACGAGGUGAAGCAUAAUCUACAAAAAAUGGGUGCAUUUCAGCCCAUGACUAUAUUUCUGCGUCAGGAGAUUGACAGAAUGCAGCGUGUCAUCGGGCGUGUCCGCAUUACCCUCACUGACCUUAAACUGGCCAUCGAUGGGACCAUAAUCAUGUCCGAGGAUCUCCGUGAUGCUCUGGAUAGCAUGUACGAUGCUCGUGUACCAAAGUCCUGGCAAAAGAUCUCUUGGGAAUCUGCUACACUGGGAUUCUGGUUCACUGAGCUCCUUGAGCGAAACCAACAAUUCCAUAACUGGAUAUUUAAUGGUCGACCUCAUCAGUUUUGGCUCACAGGGUUUUUCAAUCCACAGGGAUUCUUAACAGCGAUGCGUCAGGAGACCACUCGAAUGAAUCUGAGUAAAGGUUGGGCUUUAGACACCGUCGUCCUACUCAACGAUGUCACUCGCAUGGCAAAAGAAGACAUCGCGGGCCCUCCCCCGGGGGAUGUGGGCGGAGUCUACAUCUACGGCCUCUAUCUGGAUGGUGCAGGGUGGGACAAGAGAAAUGCGAAACUAAUAGAAUCUCCUCCGAAGGUUCUCUUCACACCGCUGCCAGUGGUGCACGUUUACGCGGUGAGCAGCGUGAAUAACACCGAACUCAAGAAGCCUCUCACCAUCAACCUGUACUCCUGCCCAGUGUACAAGAAACCCAGAAGAACGGAUCUGACCUAUAUCUUCUCACUGCUGCUCCGGACCAGUCAAUAUCCAGAACACUGGACUCUGAGAGGAGUCGCUUUACUCUGCGACUGCAAGUAAACUCAUGCAAAAAUAAAAAAAAAUAGAAUAAAUCAAUUUAAAACAUAAUAAUAAUAAUAUGAAAACUAUCCUAUAAGUUAGUUUUCCUAUAAUACUGUUAUAAUUUAUUGUGCAUUGUUAUUAAGACAUGAUAAGAAUAAAAGUGACAUACAACAGCAUCCUUAAAGAAAA